UUGUUGUUUUCCUGAGGAUUCUUGUUUUUUCAUUAUUUUGUUAGUUUAUUUAACGCGAAUGUUGGUUGGCUGCCUGGCUGGCUGAAUGUGUGCGAGAGGGGUUUAUUGUGGAUUUUUGUGAGAGUAUGGGAUAUUUUUUCCUUGUUCUGUAUAAUGUUGUUGUUGUCGUUGUUGCUAUUGUUUUUUUUAUAAAUUUAUAUUAAGUACAGUGUUCAAAAUUGUUCUUUAAGCUAUUUUUGCAGUGCAAUGUUAUUGGCCUGUUCCGUGAGUUGUGUGUACUUUUGUUAUGUUUUUUGUUUGUUGCUGCUGCUGGCGUUGUUGUUGUUGCUGUAGUUGGUGGUCUGUGGUAAACUUUAAUUAAACUGCUCUCAGUAACGAGUUGAAAAUCACAAAAUUCUUCCUUAACCUACUACAAAGUGAACUGGAACCUAAAAUUCAGCCAAUGGAGAAAAUCUUCCUCAUCUAGUCUUCAUAGUAUACAAUAAUUAUUAUCUAUAACAAAUAAUUAACAAUUCUCCAAAGCUGAAAUAACAACAACUCACCAUCAAAAUCAUCAGCAGCUAAAAAUAUUGUUAAUAACAACCCUUCCACAAUUGAUAUUAUAUGACGAAAAGCGAUAAAAUGUCACCAUCGCAUCGACAGGAGUUUUGUGUGCGUUGGAAUAGUCAUUUAGGUAGUAUAGGAGCAGCAUUUCCACAACUCUUGGCCGGUCAGAGAUUUGUCGAUGUAACAUUGGCCUGUGAGGGACAUCAAGUGCAUUGCCAUCGCUUAGUGCUGGCUGCAUGCUCAUCAUAUUUCGAAAGUAUAUUAGCUGAGAAUCCCUGUAAACAUCCUGUCAUUAUACUACCAUCUGAAAUAAAGCUAUGGGAGAUCCAGGCCUUGGUGGAUUUUAUGUACAAAGGUGAGGUGAAUGUAACACAGGCGGGGCUACCACAACUGCUACGCUGUGCUGAACAGUUGCGGAUUCGGGGAUUAUAUGGAUCAGAUGCAGCAUUGAAUUUAAAUCAACUGAAAGCUUUAACUGGUAAAAAUCAAAAUCUACAACAGACGGCGAGUAACAACCAUAACUCCAAUUCAAUGCCAUCAACAGGGAUGGGUGGUGGAGGUGGUGGUAGCGGCGUUUUGCAGGCAGAUAGCAAUGAUGAGGAUACAGCAACAAAUUCCACAACAACUACCACGGCCACAGCCACCAGUACAAUACAAUCUCACCCGCAAAAUGUAGUUAUUAAAAAAGAACCCAUGUCAGGCCCCCCUAGCACACGACCUGUCCUAACACCAGUCUCUCUAAACUCGUUAAUGGCUAAUCCCGCAGCGGUGACAAAUUUCCAACAUCAGCAACAGGAUUCCGGUGAUGAAUCGACUUCAAAUGCCUACGAACAGUAUGAAAACAGCCAGAAUGCCAAUAACAUCAGUGCAAGCAAUGUAUUACAACAAAAUAUAAUGCAACAACAAAUGUCGACACCUUCAGAAUCGAUGUCUCAAAAUAUGGCGACAACACAUCAUAUGGACUCCACCAUUGAGGAAGAUCACAACUAUGUGGCUCAUGAUGAAGAUGAUAGCUUUGGCGGUGUGGGCGGUGCUGGUAGUGGCGUUAUGGCUGACACAGAACACGACUCAUCGGCCAAUAAUUCUAUGAUGCAUACCUCAAUGGAUCAAAAUAGUUCGCUGCGACGCAUACGCAGAUCUGAAGAAUCAUUGGAACAGGCUGCCAAGUGUGUAUCGAAAGGUCAAACCUUCCAAACGGUUAGCAAUAUGUUCAACAUCCCAGUUUCGACAAUACGUUUCUAUAUGGCACGUAAGGGUAUUUUACCAAAACGAAAACGAGGUCGUGGUGCAUCGAGUGCCGGAAGUGGUAGUACUGGUACAGGAGGUGCCGCCAACGUUGGCAAUAUAAUGAGUUUAGCUGGUACUGGAAAUAUGUUAAGUAGCGGCAUUGGUGGUGUUAUUGCCAACAAUCCAGCCGCCCUGGCAAUGUCUGCUGCCCAAAUGUCCCAGGCACUGGCGGCCCAAAUGAAACAACGAGCCAGUGAAAGUCCAAAUUCUGGACAGUUUUCUGAGGAGGCAGCCUAUCAUUUAAUGGGUUAUAAAAUGAAGACAGAAGCGCCGCGUUUGGUUUGAAAAAUGAAGGGGAGCAGAAACGAAGACGCACCUAAAGCAGCUGAUACAGCUGCUGUUGUUGUUAACAAUUAAGAUUCCAAAAGAAAAAAACUACAGACAAAAGUUGUGAGUUUAUAAAACUAUGAUAUUCUAAACAAAAGCAAGCAAAAAACGAAAACAUUGAUGCAUACACACAUAUUUAAAUUAUAGGAAACAAUAAUUGUCAACAAGCAAUCACCAUAGUUGUAUUUUGGAGGACAUUUUCUUUCAUAGAGAUUUGUGAGAAUUUCGUUUUAAUUUCCUCAGUUGCAUUUUCUUCUGUCUUGUAUCCUUAUUAUGUUCAACUUUUUGGUAAUUCUAAAUAUCUAUUUGUGAUUUAUAACAGGGAGGUUACCUUUUUACCAGAGGAGGAAGAUCAUAAAUUCCAAAAACAAUCUAUCCGAUUCCUUAUGUAUAAAAAAAUAUUCUAUCCAAGACACGAUAAGGUCUUGUUAACAAAAAAAAAAGAAAUAAAUAUUGGCAGAAAUGUAUUGAACGAAGACUUUUCUAGAC